GGGACAGCACGACGGAGAAGAAAAAGGGUACGACGACGCGCGACGGGGGCAGCCCUCGGAUACAUUAAUGAAGAUGUGCCGCGGAUUGAUCGAUCGGUUGCUCCUGCUAGCGGCGUUCGGCAUCACAGUCCAAGGACAGCUGAAAAGUCCACGGAUAACCGAGCACCCGUCCGACAUAAUAGUCGCGAAAAAUGAGCCGGUGACGUUGAACUGCAAGGCGGAGGGUAAGCCCGAACCGGUGAUAGAGUGGUACAAGGACGGUGAGCUCGUGCAGACGUCGCCGCAUGGGGACGCCAAGUCGCAUCGGGUCCUGCUGCCUACGGGAUCCCUGUUCUUUCUGCGGGUGAUGCACGGCAAGAAGGAGCAGGAUGGCGGUGUAUAUUGGUGCGUCGCGCGGAAUAAGGCCGGAUUCGUCCCGAGCAGGAACGCCACUCUCACAGUCGCAGUGCUGCGGGAUGAGUUUCGCGCGGAGCCGCAGAACACGAGGGUCGCCGCCGGGGAGACGGCUUUGCUGGAGUGCGGACCGCCUCGCGGCCAUCCGGAGCCGACCCUCCAUUGGAAGAGGAACGGACACAUAAUAGACCUGGAAGCGACAAAACGGAUAACCCUCGUGGACGGGGGCAACCUAAUGAUAUCUGACGUGAGGCCGGCCGACCAGGGCAAGUACCAGUGCAUCGCCGAAAACAUGGUCGGCACCAAGGAGUCCGCGAUAGCGGUCCUAACGGUUCAAGUGAAGCCGUUCUUCCUGGUGACGCCGUCGAACCUGACGAUCCUCACGGAUCAGAUGGCGGAGUUCAUCUGCAGGGUGGGCGGCGACCCGGUGCCGAACAUCCUGUGGCAUCGGCACGACGGCAAGAUGCCGAUAGGCCGGGCGCAAAUUCUGAACGAAAAAACAAUUUUACACAUCGAGCGAGUGACCCCCCAGGACCAGGGGACGUACUUCUGCGACGCGAGCAACGGCGUCGGGACGAUAUCAGCGGGCGGCACUCUUACCGUACAUUCGAGGCCAGUAUUCACCAACUUCCCCAAGGACGAGACAGUGAACGCCGGCACCGACGUCACCUUCUCGUGCGCCGUGCGGGGCGCCCCGAAGCCGUCGAUAUUUUGGACCCGGGAGGGCUCUCAGGAGCUAAUGUUCCCCGGCCACACGUAUCAAAGCCACUACACCGUCACGGUGAACGGAAGUCUGAGUAUCAAGGGCGCCGUCAGGAAGGACGAGGGCCACUACGUGUGCAGCGCCAUUAGUCAGGCCGGCGCCAGCACCGCGACCGUAUUUCUUCAGGUGACGUCCGCCGAGGAGACUCCGCCGCCCAUAAUCGAGCUCGGCCCGGCGAAUCAGACCCUGCCGCUGAAGAGCGUCGCCUCGUUGCCGUGCCGCGCGGUCGGUACGCCCACGCCGCGGGUGCACUGGCACAAGGAGGGCGUGCUCGUGCGACCGAGCGGCCGCAUCACGAUGGCCAUCAACGGCACGCUGUUCAUCGACGACCUGCACGCCAACGACUCCGGCCUGUACACCUGCAUCGCCUCGUCCGAGUCCGGCAACACCUCCUGGUCGGCGUACCUGACCGUCAGCACCGGCGCCAGUUUCCACCGGACGCCGGACGUGUCGGCGUUGCCGCAGAAUCCGAGCAAGCCGCGGAUAGUGAACGCCACCAGCAACUCCGUCACCCUGACGUGGAGCCCGGGCCACGAGGGCCAGAGCAAGAUCGUCGGUUACAACGUCGAGUAUUACAGCAGCAACCUGAACACCGGCUGGGUCGUGGCGGCCGCCGGUGUCCUCGACGACAUCUACACGGUGACAGAUUUAAGGCCGGAGACCAAUUACGUUUUCCUAGUACGAGCGGAAAAUAGCCAGGGGCUUUCGCUGCCCGGACCGCUGUCGGACGUCGUGCAAACUACUAACGUAAAUCAGCAUACGGUACCGCAAGUGGAACUGACUCGCGCCAGGGAUCGGUUGAACAGCGAGAUUUUACAUCUCAAAGAGGUGCAACCGUUGACCAGCACCAGCGUGAAGAUCAUGUGGGACAUUCUCGGCGCGGCGGAUUUAGUGGAGGGCCUUUAUAUACGGUAUCGCGAGGUUUCCGAGGAGCCGGAAUAUCAGAUGAUCACGGUACUGAACGCCGGCGCUACCAGUUACGUGCUGACCAAUCUGAAAAAGUACACGCGCUACGAAUUCUUCCUGGUACCCUUCUACAAGAUAAUCGAAGGUCGACCGAGCAACGUGAAGCUGGUCACCACGUUGGAGGACGUGCCGUCGGGCGCUCCCGAGAACGUUCACGUGGGAAUGAUAAAUUUGACCUCGGCGUUCGUACGGUGGUCACCGCCGCCGAAGAACACCCAGAACGGCCAGUUGAUUGGCUACAAGAUUCAGAUCAAGAACAACAGCAACAACAAGAUCCUGGGUCAAAUGUCCCUGAACGCGUCCACCACGUCGGUGAUCAUCAACAGCCUGAACAGCGGCGGCUUAUACACGGCCCGCGUCGCCGGGCAAACCCGCGUCGGACUGGGCCCGUUUUCCAGCCCGACUCUGUUGAACAUGGACCCGGGACAGCUGACGCAAUUACCGCCGCGCACCGAUCCCAGCCACGGCGGCGCGUCCGUCGUCAGAGAAACGUGGUUCCUCGUGCUGAUAAUAACGAUGAUAUUUACCGUUAUCGCCGCGCUGCUGGCCGCCCUGUACGUGAGGCGCAGGCAGGCGAUGAGCAAGCAACUGGGUCACUUGAACGUGCCCGUGGGUACCGCGAACGAUAUCUGUCAAUUGAAUAAGGACACGCUCUGGCUGGAACGAGGCUGGCGGCCGACCAAUACUCUGCAGGCCGCCAACGAUAAGGACUGCGAGACCAAGUUGCUCAAUAAUCAGCACAUGCUCGCGGCCGGCAUAAUGGGCAUGGCCGGCUCCGAGUACGCCGAAGUAAAUCUGACGACAUUCUACAAUACGCGCAAGCAGAUGCAGGCGCCGCCGCCGGAGCCGUACGCGACCACGACCCUGUGCGUGGGCAGCCGUAACUCAGACUCGAUCGAGACCAGCUGCCAGAAGUCAAGCUCCAGCGACUCGUGUCUGAAACCGGAUUACUCGAGCCUGGACUCGAAUCAAGAGCCCAACAAGUCCACGGUGUCGCCGACCAGCGACAACAUGAGCGGCGGCGACGCCGCCUACGCGGACGAGAAUCUGGACAUACAGAGGAGACAGUACAGAAUAGCGGGCCCCGCGGGCGACGCGCCGCAAACCGGUAUGCCGAUGCCCAACUGGUGCGACAUGCUGCCGCCGCCGCCUGAGCAUCCGCCACCCCUCAGCACGUCCGUAGCCACCGGCCGGAUGCAGCAGCACCAGUUGCAGCAUCCGCAUCAACAGCAACAGCAGCAAGUGGUGCCGUUCAGCCCGCAUCUCAGCAAGAGAAGCGUUCAGAACGAUCUGGAUCACUGCGGCGGCUCAGGCGUCGGUUCGUGCAAUCCGCAAAGUCCACCCACCCCGCCUAUUAGAGUGACCAACAGCUUCAGCCCGUCGCCGACACCGUGGAGCGGCGGCGGACAGAGUCAGCACUCGGAGACCGGCGUCCUCCAGGUGCCCGGUAACCUUCAGGUUCCGCAGGGCAGGUACACGACGCUGCCGCCGCAAACCAAUCCGCCGCCGUUGCCCUCGUUCCCGCAGGGUUUCAAUCACUACGAUUACAAGAGCCAGGAGAACGAGUACGAGAGCGGCUCCGUCAUUUACGGCCACCACCAGAACGGUCUGCCGGACGAUUACGGCGCGCGCGGCCGUUCCAGCAAACAGCAGUCGCAUCUGACGCCGUCCGCCAUGAGCGAGGAGGCGCUGUAUCGGCACCGGGACGACAUGUUCCACAACGACAAUCUCUAUCAGCCCGAGAACGACGAGUGGGACAGGAAGUCGUGCGACUCCAACACGCACUCGGACGCGUGCUGCUCGUGCUCGGAAUCGAGCUGCCUCUACGCCGACACCGUGCAGUACAACGCGCAGCAGUACGGCACCGCGUGCGGUCACGGUGGCGGCAGCAGAACGGGUUCCCGGAGCAGGAGUAACAGGAGUCCGCGAAGAAGAAACAGGACGUCCUCGCCCACGUACAGCAGCGACAGCAAUUACUCCUGCAUACCCCAGAGGCAGUGCGGAAGCACGAAUUCGCAGGAGAGACUGAGGCAUAAUCGUAGUAAAGACCAGCUGCCUUUUUCAAGAACGGGCAACUACAGCCAACACAAUUCCUCGGCCUCCAAUACGAUGAGCAGUACGGGCAGUCAGCGAUAUAAUAAGCUAAACAGUAUCUUUGCAAGCGGUAAUAACCCGAACGCUCCGACGGAGUCUAGUCGACUGGGUGACCACCGUGAAAGCUAAAUACUGCCUGGACGUGUAGUAAAUACAGGACGUGCCUGAACAAAAACGGCCUUCGAGCACAACGAACGAUCACAGUCUCGACUACGGGAGGCCGUUUCGCAAUCAGCAAUGUCGCGGACACUCGUCAAAGUACGGUUCGAUUGAGCGCGCCGUGUAUAUAAUAUAAUAAAAGAUACGCCGUAGCGUCUCUCUCGCGGGGUUGCUAUAUUUCUAUAUAUAUAUAUAUAUAUAUACUUGGCGCGAGACGCUACCGCGUCUCUUGAUUAACGGCCCGCACGCCAUGGAAUGGUACAUCGAUUUGAUUUGUUGAUUAUACACAGGCUCAUUAAGGGAGCGAGCUUCAGUGACAAUGAGGCAGAGAGAUGAAUCUCGUAUUCUCUCCGCGUUACGUAAUAUCGAAAAAAAAAAAAAAAAAAAAAAGGUUUUCGCGAGAUAAUAAGUAUUCCAUGACUGACAACGUUUACGUUCAGCUGAUUGCGUGGCGGUAGCUUAAGCUCGUAGAGUAUUUCUGUGUUCGUACGAAGCGCAAUAACGGUCUUCUGUCGCGGUAGAAGCGAUAAUUUCGACACUCGAGGAUUGUGAACUCCGUGACCGACGCUCGCGGCGCUUUUUUAAACGCCGAUAGACCCCGUUAUGUACACGCGAUAUAAUCGAUUGUUUUUCUGUAUUUUGUACGCGGAUGAAGGCUUUCAAAAAAGAUAACAUCGCGAGAGGAGUGCGGGGGGCGAGGUAUUAUCUUUUUUUUUUUUAACACUGCCAAAUAGACUGAUUAACGUAUCAUCGGACCUUGCUUAUAUUUCCUUUGUUCUUCACGCCGAGAGGACAGAAGUGAUCCCAAUUUUCGUGAGAGAUAUUGAGAAAAAGAAGGAAAAGGAGCAAAAAUUCUUCUCUCAUACAUUUGCAAUUUGCUGUCGCGACAUGUUCCUCGAGUGAACAUUUAACGCCUGAGCGGUCGCACACCGGACUAAUAAUUCCAGUCUUGAACUUCGCCGUACUCUCGACUGCCAUAUAUAUAUACUGCCAUUCCCCGCUGACGUACUGACUUAGUUCGAUUAAGUUGUAAUAUCUUAAACGGUGGCUCGCAUUUUUGGCUUCGCGAGUGUUCAAGCGAGCCACAAAAGUUCUUGCCCGACCGCCCCGGGAUGAAUGUCCACGCGUAUAAAUGUCCCGCGUGACAUGUCACGCGUUUUUUUGUGUCGUUGCGGCAGCACAAACGGAGAGAAGGAUGUACGAUGUAAACGGGUUGAUCCGCCUGAGCGCGAACUAAGGAUUUGGGUCGCGUAAAACGCGUACGAAUCAAGCAAGCACGGUCAGUAUUGUUGAUUGACAAGUUUGGCCUACGGGAAAAUCUGACAGCUCGGAGGCAACGAAUUUUAGUUCAUCUCGUAAAACAAUAUAAGACAGAACUGAGCUCUUUGUAGUUGUGCUUAAUCAAGUAGGUGCUUCUUUUAAAAAAAUAUUUUUAAAAUAUUUUUUUUACGACGGGCAGCUAUAAAUAUUUCAUUGAAGUUAUUGAAUAUUUGAUUGAAAUAUUGAAACGAUUGCAGAUAUUUUGCGCUCUAAGAGAGAUAACGACUCUACUGCUAUAGCAAUAAUGAGAGUAUACGCGUACGUUAUCGUAUUCAGACGAGUUUGUGAAAAUGAGACUGCAGACUUUUAGACUAAUUCGGUACGUAUAGGAUAGUUCCGCGAUCUCUUCGAGUGUCAAAGUGAUUUCAUUCCGAAGUCAUUGGAACUCGGAAACAAUCGAGCCGGCAAUCGUUCACAAAUUGUGUUCCACUGUGCUGUUCUGUUACACGAGAUUAACUUAUCGAUCGACCUCUAUGCCUGCUUGUUCUGUACGCGGAGUAAUCCUUUCGCUACGAUGGUUUUUUUUUUGCCGAAAGGCUUCACCUCCCACGCGCGGACGUAUAGCAAUUGUUUUCGCUCGUGAGGCCCCCCCAAAUGUAAUAUAUUAAACGGCUCUCGUAGCACGGCAGCAAUCGCUCACGUAUUCACGUUCCGCGUUUGACGAGCCGAACGAGAGUCCGUUCGAUUCCGGAGUCCGUGAUAACAUCUCUCUCAUCUGUAUGUUAAACAGCUGACACUCGGGGAUCAGACGCGAAAUGUGAGAUGGGCGGGUGUUUUCGGUGGAUACAGUCAUCCUUAAUGCGAACAAUUAGUGACGAAGGACGAUUACAGUGUCUCUCAGCGCGCUUCAGGCGGAAGCUUAGCGGAGGAAUAGGCAGGCGUAAUUGUCGUAGCGAAAGGAUUAACGUUGUCGCGCCCCGACGAGAAACGAAAUUCGCGCUCGGCAUUCGCGACCGGCCUCACAGAGCGUGGCAUUUAUUUUCGACAGCCUGUAACUAUAAUCAGGCCACGAGAGACAAAUGGAGCAUAUUAUUUUGGAUAUAACGUUCCUAAAUCCUAAGGCAAAAUCCAAGGGCUUAAUCUCCACGAGGAAGGGCCACGUGUAAUUCUUCCAAAAAAAAAAAAAAAAAAAA